AAGGUGGUGGGGUUGGUUUCCCUGAUAAGCUAUAAAGCCUGUUACAGAUGUGAUUGUCUCAUUUCUGGGGCACAGUUUUCCAAGAGUUCUGGUGGUGUCCCCAGGUCAUGCUGCUGGAUCAGGAUGCGUUAUAAUGAGAAGGAGCUGCUGUCCCUCUCCAGGCAGAGGGCUGAGAAAGCAGAUGAACUGAAUAUGAAGGGCCCAAAGAAAGGGUGUGCCCUGAAGAAGCGACUAGUGAAAUUGGUAGCCAAUUUUCUCUUUUACUUCAGGACGGAUGAAGAAGAGCCCAUAGGAGCAAUGCUGCUAGAACACUGCAAAGUGAUAAAGGACGUGGGAACAAUGUUCUCCAUAUACUUCAUUGAUGAGCCAGACAGAAAAUACACUUUUGAGUGUGCGAGCUCAGAGCAGCGUGACGAAUGGGUAGAAGCGCUGACCAAUGCAAGUUACGAGUUUAUGAGGAGAAGUCUCAUGUUUUAUCGGAAUGAAAUACUCAGGAUGACCGGGAAGGACCCUUUGGAGCAGUACGGGAUUUCAGAAGAGUCUCGUUUGCAGAUAGAACCUGCAGCCGUCUGAGCCAUUGCAGCCAUUUUGUCUUCCCCAGUUCUUCUCUUUGGCUGUAUGUUCCUCACACCUGAUACUUCACUAUCAUGGUGUUUCUUUAAUGAACUGAGGCCCCUGACCUCAUCAGUAGUGAAAAUGACUGUUUGUGCCAUCGGUACUAUGCCAGUUUUAGAGUGCCAUUAUUAUAUGAAGAACUCAGGAAAUACAAACAUUAAUCACUAUG